AUGCAGAUUUCUCGGCCCAUGUGCCUGAUCAAUGGCUUGUCGUUCGGUUACCUGGCAUACCACGCCCCUGCCGGAUCCCUGCUGCGCUACCUGUACAUCCUCGCCGCCUCGGCGAGUGCAUCGGGCGUGCCUUACGCAUUGACCUUUCUGCGUCGCACCAACGGCGCCCUGUCCCGCAAAGCCGAUCGGCUGGCCGGUCCUGGCGGCGGCGAGAUGGCGUUGACGUACGCGUUCGACGAGAAACGCAGCAUCGACCGGGACCGAAAGAUGACCGUUGCGGAGGCCAUCAAGCGCUGGCAGUGGCACAAUUAUCUCCGGACCUGGGUCUUAGUGCUGGGCGUGGUCGCCGGGGCUUUGGCGGUGGCCAUGGACUGA